GGAAACAUGGCGGCCAAAGUUCGUCUUUCUGGAAGGAGGAACUUUAAUAGAUCCACGUAAAUCCAAAGUUCCGGUUAUUCAUGCACAAGAUUGUAACAAACUUUUAAUUAAUCAUUUUAUUUACGAUAUUUCUUGUAAACUGGGACUAAUAUUGCAGCGGCCAUCUCAGUUGGCCCAGCUAGGCUGUUUUCCGAGUUGCUGAACUUUUAACUGAUUGCUAGGAGGGGUUCAUGAGGGGGGCAAUCCUGCAAGUAAAAAAAGGAAAAGGAGUGUUUGAUAAUACAGCGAGACAGAAAAGUUUGAUUUGAAUGAUGGUAAUUGCAUUGUGGUGAAGUUGUGAAAUAGUCAACUAUAGCUCUCGAUGAAAUCAGAAUGAUUCGCAAGUGUGAUUUAUGUGAUUACACCACCAAAAAUGCUUUCUUUUUGAAGAGGCAUAAAGUCAGAUGCCGCAGAGAUCAUGGCAUAGUAAAUAGAGGAGGGGGUCGUCGUAAAGGUUCCAAGAAUGAUCCAGCUGAUGGUAGUGAUGCCAACUACCUAGAUAGCUCAAUAGAGGAGCCAAGUGAACAAUUGGAUGGAACUGAACCAGGGCCUAGCAUGCCAUUUGAAGAUACUGAUGACUCGUCAAAGAUGGAAGUAGAUGCUAUGUCUGAUAAAGCUAUCUCUGAAUCCAGCAGUUUAGUGGAAAGUGAAUCUCUUCACAGUACAGAAUUUAUAGCUACCACUGGUAAAGCCGAGCCAGCCAAAAAGCGAAUAUAUCAUUGCACAAAAUGUCAGUUUGUUUGCAGGAGUUCCCGUAAAUUCCUGUACCACCAAGUGGAGACACAUAAAGCCAAAAUGAAUAUAUUCACAUGUGAGUACUGUGAAUAUAGCUCUGGGUUCAGACACAAAGUUCUCAGACAUAUGAAGAAUGCACACAGUGUUGAUAUAACAACGCCUAGUAUGCAAAACUUUCCAGCAGAAUAUGUUGGUAAUCCCCCGGCAUGGCCUGCUAAGGCAAAGAAAUCCAUUCAGAUCAAGUCUAAAUCAAUUGGAGGAAGUAAGAAGGUUCUAAUGUCCAAACAUGGGGCUGGCAAAAGGAAAUUAAUGGUAAAGUUUAAUAGACCACAGACAAGUGCAGCUGUAGCGACAAACAUUGAAACAGAAGUUCAUGAUGACUCCAUUGCUCCGGCUUCAUCAGAAAGUAUAUCAAGUCCUCAAGUGACAGAUCGACUGUCAAGGGUAGUUGAAGAGAUUGUUCAUGGAGAUGGCAGUGUGACAUAUAAAUGCAAAGAAUGUACAUAUGUCAAUGAAGACAGGCAACAGGUAGCAAAACAUGCAGUCUCUUGGCACGUUGAUACAAAAUCCUUCACAUGUUCACACUGUGAUUAUAUUACAUUCGAGAGAACAGACUUUAUUUCUCAUCGGCUAACACACAGAAAUGAGCAUCAGUUCAAAUGUGAUGAAUGCACUUACUCCACUGAUUUCAGACCAAACUAUGAUCGACACAUGUCAAACCACAAGGGAUCGUUUCCAUAUAAGUGCACACUUUGUACGUUUGGCUGUGGGAGUUUAACGGUUAUAAGGAGACAUAUGUCGAACAAUCACACUCCAAUUCCUCCACCAGCACCAGCUGAAUCUCCACCAAGCAAGAAAUUGAAGCUACCAGUCCCGAAACCAGCUAUGUCUGUUAAUACAUCACCUAGUAAAAGUUCAGCAUCCUCUCCAGUGAAGGAUAUUACUUCUAAAUCCUUCUAUUCAUCAUCAAAAUUACAGAAGACUUCAGAAAAACAGCAGAAAGUUUCUACAGUUACUGAUCCACUAGAUCAGACAGGUGCUAAUUAUCUAUUUCAGAUGAGUAAAGCCUCAUUUCUGGAGUCAGAUAGCGUUUCCAUGGUACCAAGGCCGACAAUACCACCACCAAGCCUUGAUUAUACUGGUCUCUUAGGUAGAGAGCUAUCUCCUCAGAGAAAACUGCCACCAAAUAUUACCCAAUAUGUGGAGAAAGACAAUGGCAGACUGGUUUGUCCACUUUGUAAACUGAAGUACAAACGAUCAUCUGAUCUUAACCGUCACAUGAAGAGAAAACAUGGCGUGAAGCUUAGAGAGUAUCUUGAGAAUUGUGCGGAGAGUGGACUUCUGCCAGGAGUGAAUGCUAGCAGUUUGGCCGAACUAAGCUUUGGAGAUGAUGGUGAAUUUGAAGAUGAUGAGGAUAACAAUGAAAGUGGCCUAGCUGAUGAUGGAGACUCCCCAGUAGACUUGUCUUUUAAGACGGAUUCCGAUGAUUCCCCGAUACCAGCUGAAAAGUUAAAAUGCAAGUAUUGCAACUACCAAGCAAAAUGGAUGAGUGAUUUAAAACGGCACUACUCAGUUCACUCUAUAGAGAAACGCUUCAAGUGUAACUUUUGUAACAAGAAGUAUAAAUAUCUUGGCGAUCUUAAUGUACAUGUCAGGAAAGACCAUAAUAAAGAGCCAGGGGAAGUUAAAGUGGUUAAGGUUGCAACUAUGGCAAAGAGGAAAACAUCACCUGCUAUAUUUAAGUGUCCUUGCUGUAAUUAUACGUCAGCCUGGAAGUCUGAAGUUGAUCGGCAUUCUCGUUUGCAUACUGGGGAGAAAACAUUCCAGUGUGGAAAUUGUGACUACCAGACACAUUGGAGGGGCGAUAUAAGAAGACAUGUGUACAAGCGUCAUCCAGAAAUAAUGGUUGAAGGUGUUGCCAUUGAUGAUGUGAUCAUAAAAAAGAAAGCUAGAUCCCCAGUACUUUUACCUGGCAAUGUUGAGGAAAACUCUGUCUAUAAUCAGGAUAGACCUGAUGAUUCUAUGGACGGUAAUUUCCCUUCUGAUGGUCUGUCUGGAGAAGUGACACCAGUGAAAAUGAACGUAUCUCGGUCACAUGAAACAUCUCCAGAGGUGAACAUGAGUGAUUAUGUAACAAAGUCUGUAUCUGGCCAUUCACCAACACCAUCUCCAAUUAAAGAGCUAGGAGCAGGAAUGUAUAAAUGCCAAUACUGUGGCUUUAUUGCUAAUGCCCCAUCUAAAAUGAAUUCCCACAUUGCUACGCAUACCAAUUUGAAGCGUUACAUGUGUCCUCUUUGCGGACGAAGAGCGAACUGGAAGUGGGAUAUUGCCAAGCAUAUUAGACGUGAUCAUAAUGACCAGGUAACUCAGGUGAUAAAGCUUGGUAAACAAGAAGCAGAAGAGACGAUUCAAACUUAUAUUGAUUCCAAUCCUGUUGUUAGACGCGAUCAUCAUUUGAAUUUAACCCCUGAAAGGACCUUGGCAGCUGAGGUAACUGAGCAGUACUUUAAAUGUUCCUUGUGUGAUUUUUCAGCUGAGAAGAGAAUUUCUGUAGCUAGGCAUAUGAGAUACAUGCAUGUGAAUGUUGGUGAAAGUGGGAACAUUUUGAUGAUUCAGAGACCAAGUCCUAAGAAAUCUGAAAACCUUCCAGAUCUAGGUACGACAGGUCCAGUCUUUAAUGAAUAUAUGACUGCAGAUCAAGUUUCCCCACAGCAAGUUGCAACAUCCAAACCCAUUCCAGAUACGAAAAAAUCAUUGAACAUACCUGCUGCAGGCAGUACGUCUCCAUCCAAGUAUUCACAUCUUGUAGAGAAUUUUGGACCGCAAGAUGCAACCAAACCUUUUAUGUGCUCAGAAUGUGGUAAAAGGGGAGCUACUAAAGGUGAUGUCAAGAAACAUUACCACUAUGCUCAUUCAGACAAAGAAAUCCGAAUCAUUUAUCUUGGUGAUGGUUCUCAAAGUGUCUAUUCAGCAAAAUCAAAUAUCGGUCACGGUGUAUCUGAUAAACAGCCUGCAGUAGAGGCUGAAGCAACUCCAGUGCAGAAUAUGCUGCCCAAAGCAAUAGAUAUCCAUGUGCCCAAUGCAAGUGGAGGAAGAACAGCAUGUAAAACACCGAAAGUGGUUGGUUACAUUAAACCUUACGUUUGUGGCCUAUGUGGCCGAAGAUCCAACUGGAGGUGGGAUAUAAGUAAACAUAUAAGAGAAAGACAUCCAGGGCAAGAAGGUAGAGUUAUUGAACUUACAGAAGAGGAAGCUCGGUCUAGCAUUCAGGACUAUAUGAAUAACAAGCUACCAAAACUAAAUAGGGUUUCAAACUCUAUACCCAAGAAGAGAAAUAAAAAGUCUAUACAGAUACCUACCCAGGAUGACCAAGGGCUUGUGCAAAAAAGUGUGUCUGAAAUUGUACAAGCAAGAGAUGAACAAAAGCAGGCAGAAAAUGCAGAGAAUGCAACAGGUGAUGACAAGCUCCCUCCUGGCGGAAGUUACUCUUUUGCUGGAGCACCAGUAGUAGGACAAUUCAAGCAGUACAAAUGUUCUGGAUGUGCCUAUAGAUCUAACUACAGAAGUGAUAUACAGAGACAUAUUCCAAGACGUCACGGCCCUCAUGCCAAGGUUAUUCUUUUGGACAAGGAGACUGCUAGAGCAACUUUAGACUCGUAUACAUAUAAACGAUGUUAUGACUCGACUACUUCCCCUAGGAAAAACAGCACAGCAAGCCAUGCUGCACGGUCAACUCCUUCUGGUACACCUGCUGGGCCACUUCCGAAAGAAGCUUGGGCAGGACUGGAGAAGAAGAUCUGGAAAUGCAGUAUGUGUGCAUAUUCCAAUGAAGACAAAGUAGAUGUACUAAAGCAUGUUGGUAAACAUAAUCUAAAAGCUUACAAGUGUACUGAUUGUAAUUGGACAUCAAAUUUUAGAUCAGCAGUUCAGAGGCAUAUACAGAGUAAGCAUCCAAUGAAUGAUUCAGCUCAAUGUAGACUCAGCAUAAAGCUGAUAAAAGAAGGACCAGGUGUAGACCAGUCUGGAAACUCGAUUAUGCCUGAUGGUGUACCAGUAAAUGAGAACCAGUCCUCAAUGCCAUUACAUGGUCAAGUUUCGGCCAUUACUGGACUUCAGUCUAUGAACAACCCACAGUCCUUUAUGUCAACUGCAUUAUAUUAUUGCAAGGUAUGCAACUUUAAUUCGAAUUGGAGGUCAUGUGUUUGUAGACAUUUGUUAAAGGUUCAUAGAAGGAAAGACUAUGUUGCUCAAAUUGUAAAGAAGAUUGUGAGAACUAGUAUUAAGCCUCAGACAUCAUCUAUACCUUCUUCUUCACCAUCACCUUCAAUAUCGUCACCCUCAGCUUCACCCAGAAAGAAGAAUUUCCAUUGUAACGUAUGUCCCUACAAAACAUACAAAGGCAAAAUGCUGAAGUUUCACAUGACAUGCCACAAGCCACAGCCAGGUGUAAAACAAGUAAAAUGCAAGCAUUGUCCUUACUAUGUAAGUAGCAAUCGUCUGUUAAGCCAACAUCUUAAUCUUCACCUAAAAGAUUUUAAAGCAAACCCGGAGAUAAUGUUUUAUCCAACCACCCCAAUGAAAGCACCGUUGCCACCAUCAUCAAAAAGUCCACUGGCUCCAAAACGACACAGAUGUGAAAAAUGUCCAUACACUUCAAAUAGCAAGAAUGACUUUCUGUAUCAUAAACAAUUCCACAGGCCUAAGCCUACGGCUGAUUACAAGUGUGACUUCUGUGACUAUUGGGUCUCUCAUAGACGUCUCAUCAAGCAACACAUGAAAGUCCAUGAGGAAGAGGGAUACUACUCUGAUACCGUUGCCACGCCAUCAAAGUCUGAAUAUUCUGAGAACUCUCUAGUUUAUGACACAGUUGAAAUCGCUGCUAUAAAGCAAAGAAUAAUCUCUUCAAAGAUAACCCCCAGUAUUUCACAGAGUCCCCUCGUGUCUCCGAUGAAGAUUGCUGCUAGUUGUUCUGUUGGUGGUAGAAGAAGCUUCUUGCGAAAGGAUGGGACAUAUCGGAAGAUUCACCAAUGUAGACAUUGUCCUUACAUGAAUAUAAGAUUGAGAAAUAUGAAACUUCAUGAAAUGAUGCAUGGUAAGAGGUCAGCAACACAUCCUCUGAUGAAAUGUCCACAUUGUGACUAUUUUGUAGGCUCCAAAGGACUCUUGGCUCACCACAUGAAAGUUCACCAGCCAAAUUAUGGCGUGGAUUACAUAGGGCAAGAGAAAGAGAAGGAUCGCAGGGAUAGUCGCACAAGUGAAGAUUCGGAAAUGGAUUCUAGUAUUGCCAUGGAGAACAAAGUUGACACCCUCCUUGAAAUAACAAGAUUUAAGAAGUAUGGAUGCGAAAAAUGUCCAUAUGCGAGUUCUAAGAGGAGUAGGUUCCAGCGUCAUGUGGAAAUGCAUGGAAGCAAACAGAAAUGCAAGUGUGAUUUCUGUGAUUACAGUGUGCCCACAAUGAACCUUCUGAAUCAGCAUAUGAGACUCCACUUUGAACCGAACCAGAACCUACUGGCUGCUCAAUCCAUCCUUAACUUACAGUACCUACCUGAGAUGCCAGCAGACGUUGCUUUGGCGAGUAUGAUGACAAAUAAUGAUUCCAAAAACCCUGUCAGUAUCACACACGAUCAUAUUGACCUUUACGAGAACCAGCCUGAAGAUCUCGAACCAAAGAAACUGUAUCGUUGUGACAGGUGUCCUUAUGCAAAUAUACGGCGUGAUCAUUUGUUAGCUCAUUUAAGAUGCCACAUGGUAAAGAAUGAAUAUGCUUGCCCAUAUUGUGAUUAUAGUGUUGGAAAAACGCAUGUCUUAGUUCAGCAUGUAAAAGUUCAUUUCAGUCCGCUACCUGAAUUUUCAGAAUGGUUAGCAGAAAAUGGGGACAAAGAUCGAAUAAAGGAAGUAAAGAACAAAGAUAUGAAAGAAGCACUUGAAGUGGUUAAGAUGUUUCAGAAUGAAAAGAAAGCUGAAUCUAAGGCUACUGGAGCUGCAGAAAAUAGUGAGAAUGUAAAACUUAAUGGAACUUCGAAGGAAGCAAGUGGAAAUGCAUCAACUUCAGAGACUAUGGAGGUCGUUGGUGAAGUGUCAGGAGUUAAAGCAGAGAAUAAAGAAAAGAAUUUAGAUGAAAAGAAGAUAGAUAAAUCAAAUGAUGGUACAGAAUUGAUAGAGGUAAAAAGUCAAGAGGUAAAGUCAGAGAUAGAUGAGAAGCCUGGUACAUCUGAUGAAAAAAUGGAAACCGAAGUCGAGAAGACUAAAGCUAGUGAAGGCAAUGGUGAUGUUAAAGAGAAGUUAGAAACAGCUGAAGAUGUAUCAUAUGUUUGCCAGUAUUGUGACAGAGAUUUCCCAACUUCUGAUUAUCUAGUACGACAUGAGAUGCAGCAUCUUAUUGGCAACAGCUAUGAGGACUUGGUCUCUCAGCUUGUUAAAGCAGCAGAAAUACAACAAGCAGAGAACCAAUCUAUAAUAGAUAAAAAUGGUGAAACUGAUAACCAGACUAAUGGAAAAAUUGAACAGACUGGUACCCAGGAAGAUGAUGUAAAGCCGGGUACCAGUGGUAUAAAAUCCGGCAAGGGUUCAAAUCGGGGGAAAGGUAAACGCAGCAAUGAAGAAGUUCCCAUGGAAACUGAAUAAAUUGUAUAUAUGUACAUGUUAAUCAUUUUGGAAUGUGAUUUUAUGGACAAAAUUCCUUUGUAUAAGGAACUUUAUACUUUUGAUUUGGGUUGUUACCAUUUGAUCAUUGGAUGAUUGGCUAAGUAUUGUUUGUAUAGAUUGAAAAGAUCAGGUUAAAGAUCAUCUCUUUAGAUACUAGAAUUUGUUAAAGUUUGAUUUAAACCCCUAUUAUCAUGCUAAAUAUCUUAAAUGUGCUUGUCCAAUGGGACAAAACCAUUCAUCAUAUUUUUAGGAAAAUUUCAAAAUAUGAAAUGACACAGUGCAGACCAUGACAGGAUGUGCUGGCUGAUCAUGGUCUGCACUGGUAGCAUAGGGUAUAUUUGUAUUUAAUUGCUGCCAACAAGCAAAAGGUUUGAAAUUGUAUUUGUAUCCAAACGUUCUGUUGAAUCAUUGUUAAUUGUAAGACUAAUUGUCAUGCCUGUUUGUUACAAUCAUUCGCAAAAUGAAAUUUUGUGUAAAAAUAGAAAAUCAAUAUUUAUUCUAUUCCAGUGGAACUAAAAGAACAAAAAGAAUAGUUAACAGUGCUAGUGUUUAUAUUAUAAUUUAUUAGACACUUUACUGUCUAUCGGGAAUUAUGUAGAUUUAGUGAUAUUUUGUCCAAAUGUUGUACAUAGGUUAUUUUGUAAAUGGUAUAACUUGAUAAAAGUUGAUCAAAAUACAGAAUAUUUCUGUGGUUAGAAAUUUGUAUAAUGAAGAGUGUGUGUUUUCCUUUUUGCUGCCAUCUGUUUAAUUGCAUAUGGGCUUCUUCCUGUACAUGUAUAUGCAAGGAAAGUUUCUAAAAAUUACAGGAAUUCUUACUC